AUGGAGUCUCUAUUGAUCCCGAAAAUACGCAAGCAAUCGCUCACAUUGGACGUCGUGUAUGGAAACCCGACGGAUGAUGAUUUUGAAGCAAUCGACGCGAAACGAGCGUGGGUGCGAGGGGAGACGUUGAUGCGCAUCUCUCCUCCUCGCAAUAACGCGAACGCUGCUGAAAAUGACGAUCAGUCGAAGAUUAUUCAAACGACGGAAACGGAAACGACGACUGAAAGGAGGAGGAAUAGGGUAAAAACGCUCCUGUUUCACGCGGAGAAAGAUUUGGUGGAAAUCGAUUCGAUUAAAAUCGGUGGACAGAAAGGAAGGUGGAGGCGGAUUUUCGUCGACGAAGAAGAGGAUACGAAUUUUACCACGACGACGACUAACACUACCCCAAAAGCUGCUACGAAUGCGUUUUUCGACGAUUCCAUCGUGGAGAGGAUUAAGCUUAUGAAACAGGUCGAAGACGAGAGUUUGAUGACGAUGAAUACUGGCGGCGGCGGCGGUAGUAUCGGCAGUACCGGGAGCGCCGGCGCGGCUUCUCUCAUUAGUAGUAGGUUCGCGGGGGCAGGCGCUUCGAUUGUCCUCGUCGAGCUCGAGAGCGGGGAGGAGAUUGAUUUUAACUCGAAAGGAGGUGAAGAUGAUCCAGACGCGGCAAUGGAGGAUGCGGGAGACGAAGACGAAGAAAUGAAUGAUAAUAAGACUGAUAAUACGAAGAAGAAGGACGAAGGGAGAGAGGUGGAAGUUUUGAUGCGAUUUCGAUCGGGGAAUUUUCCCGCCGCCGCCGCCGCCGCAAAGGACGAUGGUGAAGGUAUCGUUGCUAUCGAUGUCGAUAAUACCGGUGACGACGACAACGGUGGUGAUGGCGACCAUGAACAGCGCGCGCAGAGAUCGUUCUGGUCAUCUUCUUCAUCGCCUUCGUCAAAAAAUACGAAGAAACACGUCAUAACCGAUCUGAGCGUCGCGUGCGACGGGGAAUUUUUCAAAGCUCCUGGUACUUUAGAGAAGCCUUCGUGUUGGUUCCCGUGCGUGGACGUGCACGAUUGUUUGACUGAGUUCGAUUUCGACAUUUCGUGUGCGCCCCAUUUAGUCGCCAUCGCUCCCGGACAGUUUGAAGAAGCCGUGUGGGAACCAGAAGUUUCCGAUAUCGACGGACAGUUUAGGCGAAGGCACACGUUCAGGAGCGUCGUUCCGUGCGUAGCAAGGGAUGUGUGCGUCGUGGUUGGUCCGUUUAGCGCGCACAGAGCGUAUCGAGACGCCACAAUAGAAACCGUCGACCCGAACGCGCUUCCGGUAAACCCGUUCGCGAGAACAAAAAAGCAGACAACAAAAAUUACGCAUCAAAUGCAAAGCAAAGAAGGCAUCACCAUGUACAUUCCAAAGACUUCGAUGGCGACAAACGCGACCGAAGAAGACUCGGACGUGGCGUUUUUGGAACACUACGAGCGAUUAAAGUUCCUCGGUCGAGGCGUUUACGAUUGCAUGGAAAGUUUUGAAUCCUAUUUGGGAAAUUUAUACCCGGCGGAACACACGCGGUUGGUUUUCUUACCGAACUCUCUCGCGCCAAACAACGCUAGAGGAUUUUCCUUGGCGAACGCGACGGUGCUCUUUUCGAAAGACGUUUUUAUCGUCGACCCAACGGAUGGGCCGAGAUGCGUGGAAUCUCGAGCGAGUCUAGCUGAAGCGUUGGCGAAUUUAUGGUUUGGCGUGUUGCUCCUCCCUCGAGACGUCGUCUCCGAUUCGUGGUUGGUGGAAGGAUUAGCCGGAAAUUUAGCCAACGCAUACGUGCAAAAAUGUUGUGGCACGAAUGAAAUCAGUUACCGUCGCGCGAAAGAAGCCGAGGAGGUUGCCAUGUACGACGAUGGGAAAGUGUUGCCGCCGUUGUGCUCGCAAGCGACGAGGUUGUGGAGAGAAGGAUGCACGACGGGCGGGAAAGGUCAACGAUUCUCAAACGCGAAAAAAGUGGAAGCGGUGGCGAACGGAAAGAAGAACGCGCAAGUAUCUGUCGCCGCAAAUGCUGCCGGGCAAGUUAUCAAAAGCGUCGAGCCGAAAGAAGUUUUAGUUAGUGGGGAUUCCCUUUAUCCGUUUCCGAAAACUCUAGACGACAUCGCCGUCUUGGGAAGUCACUCUCCUUUGUCGCUUUCGCCGAGAAUCGAGCGGUUACUUCGCUUAAAAUCCGUCGCCGUCGUCGGUCUGCUCGAACGACGCAUGGGACGCGAAGGUUUACAAAAAGUCUGCAAAUAUUUCGCCAACUUGCAGCAAAAAAGGACGAAAGAGAGCUCGAAGGAUGAAAACAACAAAGGAGGCGAUAAAAGCGACGCCGCCAAGAACAAAGACUCGAAAAAAGAUGCUUCGAACAAAAAGACCGCGAAGGAAAGUCAAAAUCAAGAACACGCGCAGAGAAUGGAAAAGUUACGGGAAGCGUUAGCCUCUAACGCGCGAUGGAUAUCCUCGCAGCACUUCCUGGACCACUGUCGCUCGGCGGUAAAUUUAGGCAAAGGCGAAAUUGCUUCUUUCGUCGAACGGUGGGUCUACGGCUGCGGCUCGCCGACGUUCGAUGUCGAGUACAGCAUUCGCAAACGGAAAAACAAGCUCGAGUUUGUCCUGAAAGUCAUUCACUCGCCGGCGACUCUUGCUGCCGAUGAAGCCGCGUCGAGAGUGGCGAGAAAUCAUCGAACGAGCGUGACCAUUCGAUUGCAAGAAGACGCGACGGCUUCGGAUCACGUCGUGGCGUUGACUGCUGGAGGCGCGACAGCAGCUCCUGGAACAGUGGCCCCGUCCGAACACGAACACUUUGCCGAGAUGCCGUUGCAAGUGAAAACGAAAGAAUCUCGUUACGAAAAGAAAAAGUUCUCCGCGCCAGUCGUCGAAUCCGGAACCGGGGCGGAUAUAAAUAACGAUUUGUUGACGGCCAAAGAUAACCAGGUAUCCUGGGUGCGGGUCGAUCCCGACGGGGAAUGGCUCUGCAACAUCCGAUUGCCGACUGAACAAGUCGGAUUAGAGUCCAUGCAAGCGCUUCUGUUGGACAAAGAAAUGGAUGUGGUGGCGCAAUCGAGCGCGGUGAGAUUCCUCGCCGAAAGAGCGAAGAUUGGUUCCCAAACCGCCUGCGCGGCGUUGGAGAAGUGCUUGCGCAGCAACAAGACGACGUUUUGUCGCGUUCGAGCGGAAGCGGCGAUGGCGUUAGGGAAAAGCACCGGGGUCAAGUCCAAGUUUCUCGGUUUGAGCGCUUUGGUUUCGUAUUACCGACGAACGCAGUGCGAUCCAAACACGGGCUUUCCGAAACCGAACGAUACGAGAGACGUGUCGGAAACGAUCGUCGACGAGGCGGUGUUACUCGCGCUCGGAGCAUCCGUGGAUGAUUCAAAUAGCAUGAACGGAGUCAUCUCUACUCCAACGAGCGCGUUUGAUUGUUUAGUCGAUCGCUUGUCGAGGAACGACAACACGGGGAAUCCAAACUCGGACGUCGGUUUAAUCGUCGCCGCGUUGGAGGCUCUGUCCAUUUCCAUGCCGCCGGACGCGAAACGAAGAGAUUUAGCCAUGGCGCAAGCGGUUCGUUACGCGCACAGAGACCCGGUGUUUAUCAAGUCCGACCGUAACGUCGUCGCGAGAUCGUGUUACCGAGCGUUGGCGAAUUUAGCUCGGUUCGCUUUCGAUGAUGAAAACGUUCAAGUGGAGAAGAGGCAAAAAGUCAUCGAGUCUGCGUUGCAGUGCGUGGACGACGCGGUCGGGUUGAACGCGGAAAACGCGAGAGGGAGACGCGACCGCAUUUCGACGUUGUUCCUCGACGCCGUCGGGGUGAACGAUGAUGCGGGUAAUUUACACGAGUGUUUAGAGGUGAUUGGCAAGGAACCGAACCCGUUCGCUCGGGUGCAUUUGUUGUGGGACACGAUUGACGCGGUGACGAAUUACUCGCAUCAAAAGAGUAGUCUCGCCGCUAACGAUGCUUCUUUGGGCCAAACGAAAGAGACGUUCGAUCAAUACUACGAAAAAAUGUUGGUGCACUAUCGCGCGAAAAAGGAAACGUUAAAUUUGUUGAAAUCGUGCGCGUAUACAGACGGCGCGAAGUGUAAAGUCGCGGCAAAUAAACUUCUUCGAACGUUAACCGUGAAAAUAAAAGAGUCGCCUCGUCACGAGAAAAUCGAGGAGUAUCAAAUCGACGACGUCAUGAGAGCAAUCAAGAAGGCGUCUCUCAGAGCGACGCAACAUCCGGAACCUUUGAGCCGAGCGGAUUUGCACAAGAUCGAUCCAGCCGCGGCUUUACGAAUGGCCGAGAAACAACGCAAACGCGCAAAGAAGGAAGAAAAGCGCAUGAGAAAGAUGCGAGAGGCGCAGGAGCGCGAAGCGCAGAGAUUAAAAUCGGAAGAGGAUCAAAUCUUUGGCGCCGGAGGCGAAGUGCUGGAUAUCGAGCCCGUUGGUUUUCCUCCUCCCGCUCCUUCUCCCGUUGCGCCUGCAUCGGCUCCCCAUGCACCGGUCUCUGCUCCGAUGGACGUUGACGCGCCGCCCAAGCCAAAGUUGACCUUCAAAUUUGGGGCGAAGAAGUAA